AUACUACAUCAUUUGGUGUGACUUUUACACUGCUUUUGAACUGCACAAAAUAAGUUGCUCAUGAACAUGCAAAAUACAUUAUUAAUCUAGAAGACUUGUUCAAUGAUCUUUACAUUGUAUGUGGGGUUUUUUUGUUUGUUUGUUUGUUUUUUUGAUGCCAUGUGUGCAACACUGAUCAAUUAUCAAUGAUGGUUUUUGUUAUACUUCUUAUUACACAGAGGUGAAAUCAGAGUCUGAACAGCUCCAACUAAUUAGUAAUUUACUGCUAUUAAAAACUGUUAUUAUAAAACUGUUGUGAUUAGAUUUAUCAGUUGUUUCCUAAAAUUAUGUCCACUGCUUCUUUUUUUUUAUUUUAAACUUAUUUACACCAAGACUAGCCAUCACAGGCCUGUCUAGCAUGAUGUAUGAUAACUUGAUCCCUCUUAUAAUAUAAAGUGUACCAAUGUAAACAGUGACUAACCAGAGUGAGAUAUUAUUGAUAUGCUCCUGCUGAAGAAACCACACCUCAGCUAUAUAGCCACAUCCUGUUAGGACUGUGGUUUCUGUCAUAUCAGCCAACAAGCUGUUUCAUUGCUGCUGCUGUACAUCGGCUACGUUUGCUUAACAACAUGGCUAGAGUACUACAUGCCAUCGUAGAUUUAAUCAUUGCUUUCAGCAUAUUACAAGAAUCAACAGUUGUCAUGACUGCUGUAACGCAAGUUACAAGACAAGCCAAUACUGAAACGCACCAUCCAUCAAGUACGGCAUCUCUGUCCACCCAUUCUACCUUUGCGACUCAUUCUCCAAGCAAAGUGACUCAGGACUUGAAUGAAACACAACAAACAAACAACAGCAUAUCUCCUGAAACAAGCACCCAUCUAACAGCCACAACUUCACAGUCACACACAUUGUCACAUGGCGAGAUCACCACCACUGACCAAACCAAAACGGCUGUAGUGGUCAGUGACAGCAGUGGAACCACUGCAUUAAGGACAACCAAACUCGCUUCAGUAACAACCAUCCUGUCAUCUACUGAAGAAUCCGGUAAGACAGCUACUUCAACAGGAAAAGUAAAUAUGACCCCAAGCUCAGCUUCCAGUAAUAAGGGAGAAGACAGCUUGGCGAAGAACCCAGGCCUUGUAGCCAUCCUGUGCAUUUUCUUUAUAAUUUUGGCUUUGGUGAUUGUGGUUGCAAUUGCCAAGAUCAUCAGCUGCCGAAAAAGCCCACAGUUUGAAAGGCUGGAAGAUUUACCUAUGAACAAGAUGAACGAGGAUGCACCGUUUGCUCGAUACCCUCCAAAAUAGAUAAGACUUCGAAGACUUUCAUGGUGGGGGCAUCAGGCAUGACAGUGUAAAUGCAGACUGGAAAAUGGGUGGAGUUAUGGAUGGAGUCCAGAAUGUCCUGCUUCAUGUAAAACCUGUAGUGCAUUGUUGUUAAAAGCUGUAAUAGCAUAUUUACAUGUCAGACAUGUUUUUAAGUAUUAGAAAUGAUUUAAUUUGAAUGCUAUUUUGAAUUAUUUUUAAUGUUUGGUUAAUUUACAUGAUCACAAGUGGGUGCCACCAUUAUGUGUGUGCUUGUGUGUGAGAGAGAGCUAGAUGGAGCAUGGGUGUAUGCAUGUGUAGGUGAGUAUGUGGGUUUAUCAAGUGAGUCAUGUCAUUUCUUUUGGCUUGAAUGUUUGCCCACUGUACUGUACAUUCACUAACUAGACUUUAUGAGCUGUUAAAACUAUUGUUGGUCAUGGGUGCAAGGGUUGGCCAAGCUACAAAUAAUGACGUACAUCCUUCAGCAUAGCUUUGAGUACUUUUAGGUACUUAGAGCUUAAUAAGAAAUAAUUAUUUUAAUAUAAUCAAUACAUUAACUAGGGUGGCAUUGCCGCCUCACAUUUUCAAGGUUCCCUGAGUUCAGUUUACUGUCUGAGCAGAGUUUCUCAUGUUCUCCCUGUGUCCACAUGAGCUUCCUCCAGGGGGCUCUGGUUUCCUUCCACCUCUUAAAGACAUGCAAUAAGUGGAUUGGUGGCCUGGCGUCCCAUCCAGAGUGUAUUCCCGCCUCACACACAGUGUUCCUGGGAUAGACUCCAGCACCAGGAUAAAGUGCUUACUGAAGAUGAAUGAAUGAAAGGUUGUAUAUGUUGGCCAACUAUCUGGAAAUUGGAGGCAUGCCAUGUGAGUUUUGGGACUGAUAUUCAUAAUAAAAACACUUCAUUUUCUUCUAGGCAUAAUAAAACCUUUUAAAAGACA